GUCGCGCCCGGACGGGCCCAGGUUUUACCAAGAGACAGUACAUCUAACACUUAACUUGGAUCAUCUCUUGUUCAUCAGCUUGAAAAUCAUAACAGCCCCCAAAACUGACAUUUGAUCUGAAAGAAAAAGCUGUGACAAAUGGACAAUAUGUCUAUUACUAACACACCAACAAGUAAUGAUGCUUGUCUGAGCAUUGUUCACAGCUUGAUGUGCCAUCGACAAGGUGGAGAGAGCGAAACUUUCGCAAAGCGCGCAAUUGAAAGUUUAGUUAAAAAGCUAAAGGAGAAAAAAGAUGAAUUGGAUUCUUUGAUUACAGCUAUAACCACAAACGGAGCUCACCCUAGCAAGUGUGUUACGAUACAGAGAACGCUGGACGGGAGGCUGCAGGUGGCUGGCCGCAAGGGAUUCCCUCAUGUGAUUUACGCCCGGCUCUGGAGGUGGCCUGAUCUUCAUAAAAAUGAACUCAAGCAUGUUAAAUAUUGUCAGUAUGCUUUUGACUUAAAAUGUGACAGUGUCUGUGUAAACCCUUACCAUUAUGAGCGCGUCGUGUCGCCUGGCAUUGAUCUCUCGGGACUGACGCUGCAGAGCUCAGCUCCCUCCAGCAUGCUGGUGAAGGACGAGUACGUGCACGACUACGAGGGGCAGCCGUCGCUGUCGUCGGCCGAGGGCCACUCUGUGCAGACCAUCCAGCACCCGCCCAGCAACAGGGCCUCCUCGGAGCCCUACAGCGCCCCGGCCAUGCUGGCCCCCGCCGAGGCCAGCACCACCAGCACCACCAACUUCCCCAACAUUCCCGUGGCCUCCACAAGUCAACCUCCCAGUAUAUUGACAGGUAGCCAUAGUGAUGGACUCUUACAGAUUGCUUCAGGGCCCCAGCCAGGAGCUCAGCAGAAUGGGUUCACAGCCCAGCCAGCCACUUACCACCACAACAGUACCACCAGCUGGACGGGGAGCCGGACGGCCGCCUACACGCCCAGCAUCCCGCACCACCAGAACGGCCACCUGCAGCACCACCCGCCCAUGCACCCCGGACACUACUGGCCAGUUCACAAUGAACUCGCAUUCCAGCCUCCUAUAUCAAACCAUCCUGCUCCAGAGUACUGGUGUUCCAUCGCCUACUUUGAGAUGGACGUGCAGGUCGGGGAGACGUUCAAGGUGCCCUCGAGCUGCCCCAUUGUCACCGUGGAUGGGUACGUGGAUCCCUCCGGAGGGGACCGCUUCUGCCUGGGCCAGCUGUCCAACGUGCACAGAACAGAAGCCAUCGAGAGAGCGAGGUUGCACAUCGGCAAGGGGGUGCAGCUGGAGUGCAAGGGCGAGGGCGACGUGUGGGUGCGCUGCCUGAGCGACCACGCCGUGUUCGUGCAGAGCUACUACCUGGACAGGGAGGCGGGCCGUGCCCCGGGGGAUGCUGUGCACAAGAUCUACCCCAGCGCGUACAUCAAGGUGUUCGACCUGCGCCAGUGCCACCGCCAGAUGCAGCAGCAGGCGGCCACCGCGCAGGCCGCCGCCGCCGCGCAGGCUGCAGCCGUGGCCGGCAACAUCCCCGGGCCGGGCUCCGUGGGAGGCAUCGCCCCGGCCAUCAGUCUGUCGGCCGCGGCCGGCAUCGGCGUGGACGACCUGCGGCGGCUGUGCAUCCUGAGGAUGAGCUUCGUCAAGGGCUGGGGCCCCGACUACCCGCGGCAGAGCAUCAAGGAGACGCCGUGCUGGAUCGAGAUCCACCUGCACCGCGCGCUGCAGCUGCUGGACGAGGUGCUGCACACCAUGCCCAUCGCCGACCCCCAGCCCCUGGACUGACCCCGCCGCCCGGGCAGGCCGCCCUGUAACAUACCCCUCUGUUUAUAACCUGGAGAUAUAUUUUACUUCCCUUCUGCUUAAUCUUCUGAAAACAGGUUUUAAAAAUGUGUUUGCCGCCUUGCUCUUAGCAGAAAGCAUCUGAACGUGCAGGAUUUGGAUUUCAGUUAUUUCCAGAACUCAGUAGUCAUAAUACAGGGCCUACAGUGGAAGGUAAACGCUUUAUAGAGACUUCACAGUGUUGGGUUUGUUCCCUUUGAAACUCUCCUUCCCUAUGGUGGCGUCUUGGUGAUCAGCCUCACGGGAGCCUUUUGUAUGCAGAAUAUAUAUUAUAUAUAUAUUUAUAUCUGAAAAUUCCUUCUAGUAGUUAAAAACAUUUACCUUGUAGCGACUUUAAAAUUCCAACUGAUUUGUGAUGUUCUUUUUAGGGAACAGUAGUUAACAGAAGACUUCUUUAUUUUGUUGAUGAUUGUGUUAUGAUUUUUCCAGGUUAAAGCCUAGCAGCUGCCAAAAAGUGAGGGGAUGACACAUACGUUGUUGGCAUUGAUCAAAAAAUUCUUUCGUUUUUAAAAGGAAAAAAGUCAUCCUAGAUUUUUAUUUCUGUUACCAUGUGAGUUGUAAAACACUAAAGGAAACGGAUAGUUUCAGUGCUGGCACUCGGUUUGAGGUGAGACACCCAGCCCGCAGCGCUGCCACUGGAGUGGGGCUGUGAGUGCCAGUGGCAGGAGCGUGUUUCCACCGUCACUGCUGACUUCUGUGGUUUCACCCGAACCCCAGCAUGUACCACGGCUAAAUCUGCAUGACUCUUUUUACUCGAGUGUCUACGGUAAUCCGUCGGCAUUUAGCACUGGGUUUUUGUAUCUGUUCACCAUUUCCUCUCAGGGCAAGAUGGCAAACCUGUUUUUAUACCUCCUGGUUGUUUCGGCCCUGUGCCGUGGGUGGGUGGCGAUGCUGUGUGCAGGGAGCAGCUGCAGGGCACACACUCCCCUUCCCCUGGCUACAGCACCAAUAAAGGAUGGAAACCCACGCACCAAGCUCGCUUUGCUUUGAUGUGUGCUGCCCCCGAGCCCGCUGCUGCUCCUGCCUUCACUGCUCCUCUCCUGGGGAUAGCUGCUCCUGGCACACGGGGAGCAGGAGCAGGAGCUGCUGGCACACAGAGGGAGCAGGAGCCCUCCUGGCCCUGCGGGGUCUUGCAGCGCUGUCAGCGCAGCUGCAGCAGCACAGGAAUCCUGCAGGAUCGCUCGGGGCCUUCCUGCCCAGCCCCUCGCAGCGGCUCAGGACCCCGAGGGCUCCGGCAGUGCUCGGGUGUCGCUGUUCCCGCACGCUGGAAUUCCUGCGGAGGCAGCCGGGAGCACUGCUCCGUGCUGGGCGUGCAGGCACGGGAGACAGGGGUGGCUCCAGAGCCACGGCCAGAAAUUGAUCCAUUUUCCCCUAUUUUCAUCAUUUCAUUAUUUUCCCUGUUGCCUCCCUCAGGCUGGCUUUCCAUGGGUUCACCUGUUGUCCCCUGGCAGGUGGCAGCCCUGAUCCUUGGGAAGGGCAGUGUCUGCUCCUCGCCCGGGUUUGGCUCUGCGAGGCUGCCUGGCAGGAAAGCUGCACCCCUCGCUUGUGCCAGUCUUGGGCAAAACAGGGAGAGGCUGCUGCAGCCUGCUGCUCUUCCCGCUGGAGUUACAGUCUGAAAGAAUUCACUUGUUAAGGAAAGCUUCUUUACAGAUGUUUUGCAGGUCUCCACCUGCAAAAUGAAUGGAUGGCCCAAAAUGUUCAGAACAGAACAAAACAAUGUCUGGUGAUUUUAUUACAAGAAAUCACUGUAUUUAUGUCAGGAGAAGUCAGAGGCAGUAAAAGCUGAGAAGGCAUUCAUCCUCUCCACCAAGCAGCUCCCAAAAGGGUGCACUUGCAGCUGUUAAAGAACAUGAGACAAUCUUAUUCUUAGUUUUUCAUAUGCUGUUAAAUUAACUUUUGUAUGUUUAUGGCAAGGCAGCACAUCAUGGGCUGGAACCUGCUCAGCAGCAGCAGCACUGAGUUCUUGCCAGGCUUCCUUUGUGUCUGAGAGCUGAGAAAGAGCUGCCGAGGUGAUCCCAGUGCACCCUGAGCAGGGAUCCAGGGAUGCCGAGCUGUCUGCAGCCCUGAAUGGCUCGGUUCAGGUGACCCAACCGGGAUUUACUCAGCUUUCACCGCCUGCUGGCCCUGCUGCUCCCGCGGGGGCUCUGCCCCUUUGUGCUUUCCCUUUGUGCUGCCGAGCUGGGAUUAGCGCUGGGAGGUUUAAUGGGAGCUGGGAUUAGCGCUGGGAGGUUUAAUGGCUUUAUCCCAUCACUGUGAGUGUGGAGAGGGAGGGCAUUCACACUUCACUCACUGCAGGUGCAGCAGAGGAAACCUCCCCACUGGAAUGUUGGGAAGGGCUGAACUCCAGCAGGAAUCCCCGGACGGAGACAAAACCAUUCCUUGCAUCCCUUCUGUGGGUGAGAGCACUGUGCUGGGGCCCUGGAGAGCUGGGGUGAGCAUGGCAGGGGCAGCUCUGGGCCUCGCCGUGGGACCCCCCUGCAGCUCGGGGGCACCGGCUCCCUUCUGCCCGGGAGCCGCCGAGCUCCUGCUGCGAGCUGGGCACGCAGGGCAGCUCCUGCUGCUCACUGCGGGGUGUCACCACCCCCGGGUGCCCCAGCCCGGCUGCUGCGGGGUGUCACCACCCCCGGGUGCCCCAGCCCGGCUGAUGCGGGGUGUCACCACCCCUGGGUGCCCCAGCCUGGCUGCUGCGGGGUGUCACCACCCCUGGGUGCCACAGCCUGGCUGCUGCGGGGUGUCACCACCCCCGGGUGCCCCAGCCUGGCUGCUGCGAGGUGUCACCACCCCUGGGUGCCACAGCCUGCAGACGUCUCUGGUCUCUCCCCAGAGAAGGGCCCCUCAGGAGGGGCUGUCUCACUCCUCUGUCCCUGUCCAACCCUGGCUCCUCCCAGGAUGGAUCCUCAUCCCCAGUUUUCACGCUUUUGUAAGUUUUGGUUCAUUUCCAUGUUGGGAUCGGUUGCCCAAUUCCAGCUCAGGUGAUGCAGUCCCAUCCUCCCAGUUUGCUCUCCUCAAUUCCCCGUGGUUUGCACUUUUUGGGCCUGAGGCUACAGCAGCGUCCUUGGUUCUGGGAUUGUUUUGUCUGACUGAACUCUGAAGAGAACUUGUUACUACUUCAUAUGAAGUCAGUGCAGUACAGGAUCUGGAAACCAGGAAAGCUCAAACUUGAGGCGUCCCCACGGGGGUGACCCAGAGCUGCUCCCGGGGCUGCUGCGGUCCCAAGGACGCCCUUGCUGUGCGAGUGUCCCCUGGUGAGAGCUGUGGCAGCAGGGCCACCCCGAGAGCGCCCCAGGCUGGGCUCUGCUGUGCCUUGCGCGUCUCGCGUCGCUCCCGGACUUGCAGGACUCGCUCACCAGCCCCAGCCGGUGCUUUCUUGCUCAGUAAGUUUUUCUGUCCUUCUGGUGAGGUUUGGUAGCACCCCAAAGCUGUGAUUCAGCUGGAUUGAGAGCUGUGAAGUACCCAUAACCCAAAACUCACCCUGGGAGGGUUUUUCAGGCGUGGAAACCUAGUUAAGCAUUUCUUUUCUUCAGCCAUUGCCUUUUGAUAAGCGGUCAACAGAAUUCCCAGUAGUUCCUUUGUAGCUUCCUGUAUGUUUUCCAUUAGACCUAGUUUGUGGAUAAUAUACUGUAGCUCACUUUCCUGAAAUUCUGUAACAGAGUAUGUUUUUGAUUAAAAAAGUUAAAGAUUCA